AUCAUUUUCAUCUUAAAAAAAAAAAAACAUAAAAUUAUAAUAAAAUUAAAAUGCAUGCAAUUUUCACACGAUGCAAGAAAAUUAUGUUUUUAAUCAUGAUUUGAAAAUAAAAGUGAACACGAUACCCAUAAAAUAAUUGGAUAUCGGAUUGUGAAAUAUGAACGAAAUAAUGAUUGCAUUCACGAAGUACAAACAAAUUGAAUCACAUUGUUGUAAUCAACAAUUGAGUUGACAGAACUCACUCAACUCAACGCAUAAAUUCAACUCACUGCAAGAAGUGGGUGAAUCAACUUCAAGAUCCACACACUACUGACUGCUGAUUGCUGAUUGCUGAUUGCUGACUGCUGACUGCAGACUCAACUCAAUAAUGUUGAUGGUAUUCGUGUUGAUCAAAUCUGCAUUUGCAUUGAUUAAAAACUCAAUAAAUCGCUCAACAUAUUUAAAAGUUGGAGCAGUAGCAAUAGCUGUAGCUGUAGCUGUACCUGUACCACUACCUGUGACAGUCACAGUGAUGUACAACACUUGAUAUAACUUUCUUUUCAAUUUGAAAAUCAUUCUUCAUUUUUUGGCAAUGGCAAAUAAUAUUGGUUUUAAUCAACAGACACAAUAUAUUACGAAUGCGGAUGACAAUUUGCCAACAAUACCUGUGAAUAUUCAUUCGAUAAUUAUGGAUAUCAGUAACCAAGUUGCAUUAUUUCGAGAUUUAUUAAUCAAUAUUGGUCAAACUCAAGAUUCGCCUGAAUUACGAGAGAAAAUCCGUAAAUUACGACGAAAUUGUGUUGAAUCGUGCAAAUCAACAAGUCAAAGUCUAAUAUUGUAUGCGAGAAGACAUGAAAUGGAUGGAAUAAACGCAGGCAUUCCAAACGAUGAUCCACAUUUACUGCUAUUAUUUUUUAUUUUACAAUUAUUUUUAAGAGAAUUAACAAAAUGCCAUCGUUUAGUGCAAGUUAUACCAAUGGACAUGACUGGAUAUUAUGAUAAUAGAACAGGCCCAUCAAAUCUUGGUAACGUAAUUAGUCAAAUAUUAUUAUGUAAGCAAAUAACGCCAGACUUCAAUCGUGAGGAAUUGUGUAGUAUUACUAAGGAUUCUAAAGAUAUUGCAAAGAUUAUUGAUGACAUUCAACAAUAUAUGCCUAAACAAGAAUUAAAUUUAGAAAGAACAACAGCACUCGGUAGCGGUGAUUUCGAUUGGACAAAAUGUCAUCGUGGUGGGGGAGUAUUUUAUAAA